AUGAAAUUGACAUCAAAUGUCAAAUUAUAAAUAAAUUAGAUUAUUAGAAGUAGAAGAACAACAUUUAUUAAAAACUAAUUGUUUUUAUUCCUUUAAAAAUCUUCAAAUAAUCUUCAAAAUUACAAAGCUUUAAGAAAAAAUUUAUAAAAAGUAUUUGGAAUUUCCAGUUUCAUGAGGAAGGCAAAGUUGUGA